AUGGCGACGGGUGGACAGAUCCGUCCGGGGCCUCGGAUUGAGCUGUUUGAAAAAAAGUUCGAGCGUCUUUUCACGGGUGAAGCCUUGUCCGAGACGUGGAGGGAGGAGAGCAGGAAGAGGCUCUUGGAGCGUAAGAAGAACGUCGGUCCUCGAGAGUUCCAGACCGGAGGUCCUGCGAAGAAGCAUUCAACUCCGAAUGAUUUCUACGGUUGUUUCUCGAACCCGGCUGAUUCCCUCGAUCACGCGCCCUCGAUCAAACCAAAGAAGAAGGAGAGCGACGCCCUGCCGAACUGCAAAAUAAAACCGAAUCCCCUAGGCGGUCCCGGAUACGCAAAUAUCUGCCUCAGUCCCGAUCCGAAACACGAAACUGAUCCUUACGAUAGAAAAAAGGUCACGAAAGAACGCGAGGCUCGAUUUCUGACUACGAGCGUACCACAGCCUUACUUUCCGCCGAAUCCUUACACGGCAACAACCUUUGGCCCGAUGUACGUGGCUCCCGCUCUUUCCCGAUCGCCGGUGAUCGGAACGGGUCACAUCUACGUCCCAGGACCGAAGAAAAUCGGGGGCUGCAAAGCCGGGUGCUUUGAUAAAUAUCCACCCUACGAAAGUUCCCCCUACGAUAUCAAGAAGGAACGUGCCAGUCCGCAGGCUAGAUGGCUGGGCGGCUAUCCUCCGGAGCGUGAAAAAUAUACGAGAAGUAUAAUCGAUUACGGUACACGGAUAUCGUGCAACGCGAACAACUACCCCGAGUACAGGGAACGGAUCUACCCUCUCAAGUAUUGA